CCAGUCGUGGACUCGGGAUAAAGCGAUUGAGGUGGCGGCUGUAAGGAAGUUUUGUUGAGUAGGAAGGAGGGGGACAAAUGAGCCAAAAUGACCGACACAGAAGUGCAAGACGCUCCUCUGUCAGCGCCGGCGACCGAACCAGCUCAGCCAGAGAGAAAAGUGAUUGCUACUUUGGUGCAAGGAACUGUGAAGUGGUUCAAUGUGCGCAAUGGUUAUGGCUUCAUCAACAGAAAUGACACCAAAGAGGAUGUGUUUGUCCAUCAGACUGCCAUUAAAAAAAACAACCCCAGAAAAUUUCUCAGGAGUGUAGGGGAUGGGGAGAUUGUGGAGUUUGAUGUCGUUGAGGCAGUCAAGGGCUCAGAAGCUGCUAAUGUGACUGGUCCAGGCGGGGUUCCGGUUAAAGGCAGCCGUUACGCCCCAAACAAGCGCCGAUUCCGCAGGCGCUUCUUUCCCCGUCCUAUACAGGCAGCACAGGAUGAUGGGAAAACUGGGGAUUCCUCUGCUGGUCCCACUUCUGAGGGGGAGGGACAGAAUGGAGCUCUGCAACCCGGCCCACGGCGCCGCCGUCAGCGCAGGAAACCAGACAUGCAGUCACAAACUGAAGGUGAAUCUGCAGGUGAGCAAAAGGAGGUAGCAGAUGGUAGCCAGCAGAGACCGGCACCGCGCAGGUUCAGACCCCGAUACCGCAGGCCGUUCCGUCCUCGUCCACCUCCUGAAGAGGUUCAGUUGGUCACUCCUGCAGCGGGACAAAAGGAAGUGCCCAAAGAAGGUCCAAGCAACGGAGAGCAGGCUGAUGGGCAGGCUCAGAAAUCACGCCGACAGUUCACCCGCCGUAGACAAAGGAAUUCUGACUCUACAACCUCUAAAGAUGGUGCGGAUAAGUCAGACGCAGCUGAGCCUACCUCACCUACUACGCGUUCUAAGCCAGUUGAUGCCAAAGCCUCCCCAAAAACCUCACCGAAACAAUCCCAGAAAUCUUCCCCAAAAGCAGCUGAGGCACCUGAUGCCAUGCCUGUGGCGUGAAUUCAAUGACCUGGAAGAAAUCUAAUGACCCUGGCAAGAGAUCUCUGGAUGAGCUGGCGUGGUCUUUCAGCAAACCCACAACUGAUGUGCACACUACCCUUCCCUCCUCCAUACCUCUUGCCUGAACUCUUUAGUGUGGACCUUUCGUUUGGUGAGUGAGAGGGAAGAGGAGUGACAACUAUAUUUUGGACUUCAAUGUCUUUAGGGGGAUAAAAAAAAAAAAAAGACUUGCUCAGAAAGCCCAUCAUAUUUGCCUUGUCUCCCUUUUAAUUCAGUGAUUUAUGGGUGUGAGCAGCUGAAAUGAAAACCAGUUUGGCCCUUUAAGUUUGGGAAGAACUAUGAAUGUGUGAGUGGUUGUGUGUAGAGUAUGCCUCCAUUCCCUUACCAGUGGCUACAUGUGGGGGGGAAAUGCAAAAGGCCUAUUCAUAAAAGAUACAAACUGGUUGGUUGGUUUUUUUUUUUUUUUUUUUUUUUGGUUUUUUUUGUUAAUUUUAAAUUUUUUUUUUUUUGGAAGGGAUUAUGUGCAAUGUCAUUAAAGUGAAAUAUCUAUCAAACCAUGCAGAACAAUACGGUUCUCUAAUUUCUUUGUGUCAAGUCUUCUAAUUAUCAUGCUUUGGUGAGAAGGAAGGCUGUCCUUGGAGAGGGGAAAAUGUCCUUUGUGGAACUGGAAUUGGUUAGAUAAGCUUGUCUUCGUUUGCCUAAUUAAUGUAGGUUAUGAAAGUGCAAAUAUACUACCGUAGUCACAUUUUACAAGGGCAAAUAUUUUCUUAUUUGCAAUAAGAAAAUUGGCAAGAGUAUUUCUAACUUCUUAAUUAAACAUAUUAGCACAAUUAGUGUUAAUGUCUUUUAAACAUGCAGUCCUACAUCACUGACUUGAGUUGAUCAGUCCCACAGCAUGUGACAGGAAAAGGGCUGGCCAAACAGCUCAUUGUCCUUUGUUUUAUUGCAAACAUGUAAAACAGAACACACAGCUCACUUACUCUUGUCAAACUACUCAUAACUUAUCAAAUAUAACAUUAAUGCCACCAUAUAGAAUUACUAACAUUUCAUUUACAUAAUACACACCAUACAUAUUGAACAUGGUGUCAAAUACCAAAAUUAUAGGUCCUUUUGUUUCUCCCAUUUCAUAAUACCACAAUGUAAAGCUUGUCCAAGUCUGACUCGCAUAAAAUCAAUUAGCAGCAGCAAACCGAACAUGCAAACUUCUUUUUAAACCUUUUGCUAAUAACUUUCUUACCAAUUUAAAAAAAAAAAAAAAGUUAAAUCACACUAUACACAUUAACCCUAAGGGUUUUUCUGGUCUAAUUCUACUAAUAACCAUUCAUUUUUCUCAAGUCAAAUAUCAUGUGUUUUUAUGUUUAACAACCACUAAAAGCACAAAAGUUGGAGUAAAGCCUCUGAUUGGGACUCCCCAAUAACAACAAAUACAAAAUAUAAUCUGUUUGAGUGGGGUUGAGGUUUAUUUUCACCCUGGUCUGUCCGUGCCUCAAAGGUAAGGUAAUGUGCUAGAAUGGAAUAAAAGGUCACAUAUUCCACUGAACAUUUGAAGAUCUCACAGAUGCUUGAAGUAAUCUUGAAUAUGUCAUUAUUAAGGAAACUAACAGCAUGUCAGUGUAAAUAUAACUAUACAAAUCAAACUGG